UCGACCGCGUGAUGUAAUUCUUCAUAAUAAACAUCACUGUAGGGCUAGGCAAUGCCCGAGCUUUUUUGCUGAGCGGUGGUCAAGACACGACUUCCCGGACCUGCAAACUUGGACUCGAGUGUGAUUUCAGGGCGCUACCACAUCGAGCGCGACUUUAUGUCGCUCAACAGCGCAGCUUCGUCGCAGCUUCGCUUGUGAGUAAGCGCUUUUGCUCUGUGGAAUCUUUUUUGGGGGGCGGCGAGGGGGGAACCGUGGACACCAAAAUAGACAAAGAGCAUAUUUUUAGCGCAUUUGAACUCCUGCAGACAGUGACGCGUGCCUCCGUGUUGGUCAGGAGGAUGAGUGUUCAUUCGGCCCUCUUGCCGUUACUGGUGUUGGGGCUCGUGGCGAGCUCGGUGCGCUGCGCACCUCUCCCUGUGGAGCGACGCUGGGAGACUCUUUAUUCGCGCUCUUUGGCCCGGAUUCCCGGGGAAAAGCGAGAAGUCAACCGGGACAGUGAAUAUCUCACGGGCAUUAAGAGACUGCGGCGCCUCUACUGCAACGUGGGCAUUGGGUUUCAUCUCCAAGUAUUACCCGACGGUAGGAUUACUGGGGUGCACAACGAAAACCGUUACAGUCUUCUUGAGAUAUCUCCGGUCGAGCGCGGAGUCGUGACACUGUACGGCGUCCGGAGCGAGCUAUUCGUGGCCAUGAACAGCAAAGGGAAACUCUACGGAUCUGCACAUUACUCAGACGAGUGCAAGUUUAAAGAGACGCUCUUGGCAAACAACUACAACGCGUACGAAUCCAUGGCAUACCCGGGCAUGUACAUCGGACUGAGCAGGACAGGAAAAACAAAAAAAGGAAACCGAGUGUCAACAGCAAUGACGGUGACACAUUUUUUGCCGAGAAUCUGAACGAAAACGGAAGGAGGCACGACACAGGCAGCAAAUCCUGAGGGAAAACCCGGACGAUGCACUUUCCACAAAUCUUACACACGAGGUCAACUGUAUCGCAUUAUUACUAUUAUCACUAUUAUUAUCAUGUAUAUUAGCCUAUUUAUAUUCGUUCGUUUUAUAUUUCCUUUUAAACAGCCUCUUUUUAUGUGUGGGAAAAAACACUUUUAAUUUAUUUGUUUAUUUAUCCUUUCUGCUGCUACCGAGUGUUUAAUACCUGAAAUUCCUACAAUUAACUACAAUAUGAUUUUUUUUGCACUGUUUUUAGGGGUAAGGAAAGGAGUGGUGGAUGUUUUAUCCCUAGAUAGGAAAGUCUGCUUAAUCAUAGGCUACGUCUGAAACCGCAUAUAACCACACCAAACCACACCUGCGCAUGCGUGAAAAUUGGCGCUUCUAUAUAAUUUUAUCUACUGUUUUAUAUGCCUUUGGACGUAGACUUAUGAUGAAGUGCAUGUCAUGUCGAAAAUGAGCAAAAUUACGAUUUACGCCCAUGGAAGAACUCAUCAAUAUGACUUGGACACAAGUAUUAUUAUAAUUACUAUUGGCAAGCAGCUGGGAUGCUGCAGCUAGAUAUAGUCUAAUAAUUGAUUUUUUUUAACAGUGAAGACUUGGGAAGAUAUAAAGACAUAAUAUGUACUAUCUCAGAAAUAUAUUCACAUAUAAACUGUGCUUAUGUUUGUCACAUUUGUAGCUUUAGUAUGCAUCUUUUACACCUACUGUACAUUUAUUUGGGAAGGUGCAUCUACUGUACCUUUAUAUGCGAAGGUGCAUCCAUUAUACUUCAAUUGGCUUUUAGAGUAAAGGGGACAUUACGCAUUAAGGCUCAGUUAUGGAACUUAAAUUAUGCGUAAAAGUAUAAACAUACCAUAAUUUUAUACCAUGUUAAUGAUAUAAAAAGAUAAUACAUACAUACAGCUACAUAAUGUUACCACACCACUCCAGUAGAAGGCAAAAGAUUAGUUUAGUUUGACUAUUUCUGAGACAGUAUUUUGUUUGGUUACCUUAUUAAGUACUUGAACAUGCUCCAAGUCAUAUCCAUGACUUCCAAAGUGGCAUAUGUGAAUUGCAGGAUUAGCAUGAACACAGGAUUAGUUCAAGUUUCUUGACUUGUGUAAUUGUACCAACCCCAAUGGUAUUACGCACUGAAGCCAUUGUCCAAUGUCCGAGCUCUGGGGGUCUAACCGAAACAGUAUCGGCUUACUCUCGGCCACUGAAAGUGGGCUGUUGAAGUCCUACACCCCUUAAAUCUGUUUUUAGCUUUGCUCCAAUGGGGUGAGGUGGGGUGUGGAGGGCUGAUAGGGUUGGGGGUCUGAACUCUGAACUUAUCUGCUGUCAAUCAUUGUCAGAUCUAUAAGAAAGAUAAGAUCAGAUAAGAAAGAUAAGAUCUUCAAGGAAAUCCAGACCACUUCAUACAAAUUCAAUUUAAUUCAGCCUUACCUGUAGUACAUUACAGGUCAUCAUGGUGUUCAGGGAAGCGUUGUAGAUAAAUAGAUACAGAGAGAGAGAGAGAGAGAGAGAGAGAGAGAGAUCAGUAUUCAUAUGUACUGAUAAAAGAACAUGAAAUGUAUGGAAAAUUGGCCAUGGAGUUGAACAUUUACUCUAUCCUCAAGGACCCCUAGAUGGACAUAUUGCUUAAUCCAAGCUCUCAGCACGUGUGUACCACUUGUUCAGCAUUUUUGAUUGCUUGGUAGAAGUGUGUUCAGGUCUGAGAAAAAGCAUAAAAUCAGGAAAAGUUGGUUUGAAAAACAUAUAGUCACAUAUUCAUAUUCAACUGUUUUAACUGUCUUGUGGUUAAUUCUUUUAUUUAUUUAUAUUUUUAAAAAUAAUUUGAUAAGUUCAAAGGAGACAUAUGUCCCUUUCAGUCAUUCUCUACCUCAUAGCGUUGUUGACCGACAGACUCCUCUUCCCAGUUUUGCUGACGGCAAAUGUUUUUCCUGUUGCUGCAUCGCCCCUCAGCUGAAGUCCUGGAAGGCCACUAGCUGCGCCUUGUCACGUUUGAGCUAUCUUUACCCUGUGAUUUACUUUUAGAAAUGAUAAUCAUGGUGGAAAUAUUUGAAGACAGCUGUGAGACUGCACUAUAUGCUUGACCGGUAACCCUAUAUUUUUCUUUAUAUAUUUUGUUAAAUAGUUCAUUGCGUAAAUUGGAGAAAUGCCGAGUGGCUGCUUUUUAGAUUGGGUGUUUCAGGAGAAGAAACAGAAUACAGUUUAAUCAAAUCCAUUUAGACUGAGAUGAUCUCAAACUAAGCAUUCCUUGUUAUUACUUUUGUUUGUUAUAGGUACAAAAUGAAAAUAGCAUGAAAAAAAUUAUAGAAUGUUCUUUAAUUAAUUUACGUCCCAUGUUUUGUGUUAUAUGGUGAACGUGGAUAGAUAAAAGCGGGUGAAUGGAUUAAUAGAGUUAAUUCUGACUAGUACAUAGGUUCAAAUUUGAAUGAAAAUCCCUUGUUAGACUGACCCAAGAACAAAAGGCGUUAAAAGAAAUAACAGCCAUAUCUACUGAGAAAUCUUGGAGAAGAAUAAGGGGACUAUGUAUUACAGUAUUUGUUGAAAUCCACUAUUUUGCAUCAUACAACAUUCUGCAUUACUAAUAUUUAUGUUUUUGUUUUACCUGAUUAUGUUGAUUUUAAAAAAAAUUUGUUUCAUUUAUCUGAAAUGUUGUUGUGUCAGAGGAGCAAUUUCCCUCUCCUUACUUCUUCCUUUCCUAGAGUCAUGUCAAACCUCUUUCCAAAUGGAGCUGUUUUGCAUCAUUGUGGAUAUUGUUUACAAUUGGCUGGAUGCUCAGUGAAGGCAAAUAGCUUCUCUGACCCUCAUCAUGAUCUGGAACAGAUACAAAUCAACCGGACUAGAUUUGCUUAACCAAAAGCUCUCAGUAUCAACAAGCAUGACCAAGCACUCCGACGGUAGCGAUAAUGAAUGAACAGAAACGCAUCAUUGCUUAAUCUAAUUAGCCACUUCACAACCAUUACUAAUAACAUAAUGUCAAUUUUUAUACUGUAAGUUGUACUUAAAAAUAUAUAAACAGUAUGAAAAUAAACUAUUAAUUUUUAUUUCUUUCAAUUUCUUUCAAUAUGGCCAUUUCUCUGCAUCUCUGGUGAAGCUGUUGGCUGUCUGUUGGUGUGCUCUAAACCUUGUUGACAUUUAUCAAAUGUUGUCUGUAGUUUUAUACAGUUGCUGUUCAACACUGUGAUGUAUGUGCUGUGCACAUGACAAUAUCCUAACUUAAGUGCAAGUUAA